CCUCGCACUGCUGUCUCAGUCUCCGACUUGGUAACGGUACAGGAGGAACCCACCCCCCCCCCACACCCCACACACACACACACACACACACACACACCACCCCCUUACAGAAGACAUGGACUUCAGCGGCACAUGGCAGGUGUACGCCCAGGAGAACUACGAAGAGUUCCUCAGGGCCAUGGCGCUCCCAGAGGACAUCAUCAAGGUAGCGAAGGAUGUCAAGCCCAUCACCGAGAUCCAGCAGAACGGCAACGACUUUGUCGUCACGGCCAAGACCCCCGGAAAGUCUGUCACCAACUCCUUCACCAUCGGCAAAGAGGCCGACAUCACCACCCUGGACGGCAAGAAGCUCAAGUGCACCGUCAACAUGGAGGGUGGCAAGCUGGUCUGCAAAACAGACAAGUUCCAUCAAAUCCAGGAGAUCAAGGGGGGAGAGAUGAUCGAGACGUUGACCAUGGGCUCUGUCACUCUGGUCAGGAAGAGUAAAAAGAUGUGAACUUGACAGUGGAAAACCGUCGGCUAUUUAAAUAAAACUUUUACUCACUGAA